UGCAGUAGUUGCUGUGCAGAAUGAGGGCAGGAGUGGUCGUCACCCAGGUCAGCCUCUGAUGCCUGGGAUUCCGCAUGAAGCAAGGGGGUGCGUGUGCAUGUGGGAGGCAGUGCAGGUUCAUUGCUUUCAUCCUGACUCCUCUCCUUGGUGGGGGUCCUGCUCCACUGCCCCUCCCCCCACUGCAGCUCCCACAGGAGCUGGGUCCUGGGGUCCUGCCGGCUGCUCCCUCAGGCAGGGGUGGGUAUGGGAAACAGCUAGGUGGAUGGGCAAAGGCCUUUCCAUGGCCUCUGCCCUGCCCAUCCGUGGUGGGUCAUAGGCCGCCCCUGUGUGGGGCAGAGUUGAAGGCAGCCUGGGCAGGCCACAGAGGAGCCUGGUGGGAUGCCCAGUGACAGCUACACUGGGCAAAAUGGACAGUGAGGAGGGGUGAGCUGUUUGCCCAGGUGGGGUCACACCUGUUCUCAGGGAUGCUGCCGAAAGGGAUGGCAGGCAGGGAGGGGGCUGGAGGGUCUCUCCCUCAGUGUCCUGGCUCCAGGCCGCUGCCCCCUCCCACCGUACCCCUCCUGGGGCUCUGGAGGCUGCCCACCUCUCUGUCAUCACGGACACUGUCAUGCGGGGGUAUACAAUGCCCAGCAUCUCAGCCCACCCCAGCCAGGCCGUCCUGCCCUCGCCCCCAGAACCAGCACACCCCAUGCUACCCCAAACCUUCUCCUCCUGGGGCUUUGCAGCUGACCCCUCUGGGACAGUAGACACAGACAUCAGCCCGGGUGACUCCCAGGUGCCCAGGGCUCCAUCCCGUCCUCCCCUGGGCUGGGCAACAGGGCCACGGUGCCGGGAGGCAGGGCAUGUCCCAUAGGUGGCUACAGCGGCCCCUCCUCCUGCCCCUUACUCAUUAGCCAGGCUGCAAGGUGACAUGGGCUUGGCUGGGCAAGGCGGGCUGUAGGAGUGCUCAGGCAUGCAGGGUGGACAGCGGCCCAGUCUCGGAAUGGACAGCGUUCAGGACACAGUCCCCCAAGACCAAGGGGGCUGUUGCCCGGCCCUCCGCAGGCUGCUCCCCGUUGGCUUUUGGGCUGAGGUGUGGACGCUCAUCGCCCUUUCUGGACCCCUGUACCUGUUCCAGGCGCUCACCUUCAUGAUCCAUUUUGUGAGUUCCGUGUUUUGCGGGCACCUGGGCAAGCUGGAGCUGGCGGCAGUGACCCUCGCGGUGGCCUUUGUCAACGUCUGUGGAGUUUCCAUAGGCUUGGGCUUGUCCUCGGCGUGUGACACCUUGAUGUCUCAGAGCUUCGGCAGCCCCAACAAGAAGCACGUGGGGGUCAUCCUGCAGAGGGGUACCCUGGUGCUGCUCCUCUGCUGCUUCCCCUGCUGGGCGUUCUUCCUCAACACCGAGACUAUUCUGCUGCUCUUCAGGCAGGACCCGGCCGUGUCCAGGCUAACCCAGGAGUACGUGCUGAUUGUCAUCCCAACGCUUCCAAAAACCACUUAUGGGAGAACUUGUGGGAAGAGUGGGAAAGAAACAUUUUCAUUCACCUCUAAUCCUGCCACCCAGAGAGAAUACAGGGCAUGUUUUCUUUAUGUCCUGCUGGCAAAAUAUCUGCAAAAUCAGGGCAUCGUCUGGCCCCAAGUCUUCAGUGGCAUCGUGGGCAACUGCAUCAAUGGCUUGGCCAACUACAUCCUGGUUUCCAUGCUGAGCCUGGGGGUCAAGGGCUCUGCUUAUGCCGUCACAAUCUCCUACUUCGUGCAGACCAUCUUCCUCUUUCUCUACAUUGUGCUGAAGAAGCUUCACCUGGAGACAUGGGCAGGCUGGUCCAGCCAGUGCCUGCAGGACUGGGGCUCCUUCUUCUCCCUGGCCAUUCCCAGCAUGCUCAUGAUAUGCAUCGAGUGGUGGGCCUACGAGAUUGGGAGCUUCCUCAUGGGCCUGAUCAGCGUGCUGGACCUCUCCAGCCAGGCCAUCAUCUACGAGCUAGCCACCAUAGUCUACAUGAUUCCCCUGGGGCUCAGCAAUGCCGUCUGUGUCCGGGUGGGGACCGCCCUGGGAGCUGCAGAUACUGCACAAGCUAAGCGUUCAGCUAUCUCAGGCAUGCUCUGCGCAGUGGGCACUUCGCUGGUGGUGGGCAUGCUGCUGAGCGUCCUGAAAAACAAACUGGGGCAUAUUUUUACAAAUGAUGAAGAGGUCAUUGCCCUGGUGAACAAGGUCUUGCCGAUUUACAUCGUCUUUCAGCUGUUUGAGGCCAUCUGUUGCGUCUACGGCGGAGUCCUGAGGGGAACCGGCAAACAGGCCUUCGGAGCCAUUGCGAACGCAGUCAUGUAUUACGUCAUUGGCCUCCCUCUGGGCAUCGUUCUGACCUUUGUGGUCAGAAUGAGAAUCAUGGGCCUCUGGCUGGGCAUGCUGGCUUGCGGCCUCCUGGCAGCCGCCGCCUUCGCGGUCUACACGGCCCGCAUGGACUGGAAGCUAGCUGCCGAGGAGGCUCAGAAGCAUGCGGGGCUGCUGCCGCAGAGCCCCAACGGCGCGGUGAGCACGGUGAGCACGGCCCCCAGACCCGGGCCUGCGAAGGCUGUCACAUCCUCAGGAGACUCUGAUGCCCAGGUCUGUUCACAAGGCCUUUGUGAGGCUCUGAGAAGGGGGCCGGGGGGCCCUGCCCAGGGAAGCGCAGUGCACCAUGAUCCCCGGUGCCCCUGCCCCCACAAACCCCUGCAGAUCUGGGAGCCGUGAAACCCUGACGAGGAAGAUCCACGGACCCUCCUUUGCCUCUCCCCUCACCUUUCAUUCCGUCCUCAUCGCGCUGAUCACAGACCUUGAGAAACACUUGUUCUUCCAGCAGUGAUCAGAUAUAAACAAGGACAGCAAAACCCAGAUGGCCUGGCCACAACGGCCUCGGGAUGGAAGGCAACACUAACCCAAAUUCUAGGACGCUCUUCUUGGAGGCCUGGGACCUGCCCAACAUCCUCAGGCUCUCCACAUCAGGCUGUGUGUCACCAUCCAGAAUGGAGGGCAGCCUGGCCUCCCCUCAGUCCCUUCGGCAUCAGUAGCUAUAAACACGUUCACAAAAUGAGUUUCUGCAUCAAAGCCCAUAGAAAAAAUGGAUCCAUAGAAUGUCAUCCCAGUUUCAAAGACUCAACGCGAAUCCAUGUGGUAUUUAGAACCUGGUGAUACUCGAGGUCACCCACUCCCAGGAAGGUGGGUAUCCUCGUCUGGGACACACAUACCUCACUGAGCUGCUGGCAACCAAACAGAACGACUGGGAACAGAGCACAGGAAAAUAAUGUCAUUUCCCCAAAUGUGUUCUAAGGUUAAAGGGUAUUCAGACAAAAGGCUUUCAUGGUCAAGUAAGUUUGGGCAACCCACACCAGCACUGCAAAGGUUCUAUGGCCUUGGAUCCUUUAAGAUGCUCCAGUGCUUUAUGAAUCCUGGUAGACAGGAUGGGUAGCGGGAUCAACUUUUGUGUAAAACCUUAUGGGGUUAGUGUUCUGGGAACAGGCUUACAGAAAAGCUUGCUUUAGAUGAGCAAAUGGAGAUAAGAGGGUGUCGUUGAAAAAAACCUAUUUACUAUAUAGGCAUUUUAAAAAAUAAAAACUCACAGGGGCGCCUGGGUGGCUCAGUUAAGCAUCCGACUCUUGAUUUCGGCUCAGGUCAUGAUCUCAGGGUCAUGAGAUGCAGCCCUGUGUGGGCUCUGUGCUCCAUGUGGAGUCGGCUGGAGAAUCUUUCUUCUACUCCCUCUGCCCCUCCCCCCACCUCUUCCUCUGUUUAAAAAAAAAACACACAAAUGACAGAAAGAGAAAUCUUGGCUAAGAAUUUAAAUGAGAAAGCAAGACUUAAAGUUGAUAAAUACUACCUGUGAUAGAUUAAGGCAAAAAAUGGAUUUGUAGUUGGGGAAAACUUAUAGCCAAAGAAUUGUCUCCGACAGGGCAUAAGAGGUUCCAUGCUAAGAAUGUUAUUAAACUUCAUACCAGUUUUAGCAAAUAUAGUGUAUUUAUUUUGAAGCAGAAUAUGUGAAUAGUCGAGGCAAUAAUUUAGUUUAACUAGAAAUUAGAACAUACAAUUUAAUAUACUACAUGAAAACUCCAUAUUGAAGUUCUGAGAUAUUUUAUGACCAAUUAUCCUGAUGAAGUGACAGUGUUAAGCAGCUGUUUCUUAAUCUCACCUAGUGAUGAAUUCUUGAUACCUCACCCUGUGAUUAAAUCACACAUUUUCUCAUCGUGCAGAGGCGGGGAGGGUGGAGCCCUUGCAACCAGGAGUCACCACAGCCUGGCAGGGAAGCUGCAUUCCACAGGGCUCUUUCCCACCUAGCUGAAGCACCUGGUCUCAUGUCUGGGCCAGGCUCAGGAGAUCCCGUUCCUCUCCUUCCUAUGUCCUCCGUCCCCUUCAGCGUGGCCAACUGCUAUGGCUUACAGAGUCUGCCUCCAAACCAUCCACCAUCAGCCCCUCGGAGGCUCUCCAGCUCCAAAGUCCUAAAUAUCCAAGGCCUCUUGUCCAUGACAGGAGGUGGCUUUCCACAUUAAGU